GUUCACAUUUACAAAUAUGCAAAGGGACAAUGCAUAUGAGAGACGAAAGACUGUUUCAAAAUACUACAUCGUACGGAACUUGCUGUUCAGCAGCUGUAGAAGAAAAACUUAGCACUCUAUCGAGGCAGAAUUUCGAGCAAUCCAUUACGGAAAUUUUGUCAAAAUUAGCAUCGACAUUAGAAACAAAAGCGCAGACAUUAAAUAACUUUUUCAAUGAGUUGUUAACUAGUGCUAAGAUCGAUUUUCAUGCUAUGUUUCGUCGCACAUAUGGCGUGAUUUACGAACAGAACAGUUAUGUAUUCACUGAUUUAUUUGCUGAGCUUGAGAAGUACUAUGCACGUGGAAAUGUGGAUUUGACUGAAGCCAUGGAAAAUUUCUUUAAUACUCUUUAUCAAAAGAUGUUCACUGUUCUCAACUCACAGUACAAUUUUGAAGACAGCUAUUUAAGAUGUGUCAGUGAACACAUGACAGACCUGAAGCCUUUCGGAGAUGUUCCCAGUAAAUUCUCCGUGCAAGUGAAAAGAGCAUUCAUUGCAACGCGCACGUAUGUGCGAUCUCUCAGCACAGCUAGCGAUCUUAUUAGGAAUAUGCUUGCCAUAAAGCCUAAAAAGGAUUGUGCACAUGUUUUAAUGCAGAUGCAAUAUUGUGGAAUUUGUAAUAGUUUUCUUCAAAAAGCCUGCGGUAAUUUUUGCAUCAAUGUGGCGAAAGAUUGCCUCAUUGUGCAAGUUGGUCUUGAUAGUGAGUGGAAUAACUUUGUAGUGGCAAUGGAAAAAGUUUCGGAACGUUUGAUUGGUCCAUUCAACAUAGAAAUGGUUGUUGGACCAAUUGAUAUUAAAAUUUCAGAAGCUAUAAUGACAUUCCAAGAGAAUGGUCAUGCUGUAAGUCAGCAAAUUUUUGAAAAAUGUGGCCAUCCAAAACUAGGACGUUGGAAAAGACAUGUGACUACUAAAAAGCCAUCGGUUUUAUCAAUUCAACAUCAUUAUGAGCAACUUAUAAAUAGUGAUUCCGAUUUUGAAAUAAAUGUUGAAGAACCUUCUUUUAAUAGUAGAGAAAAGAAAAGUGCUACAUCUCGAGAACUAGAGUUGGAACACUUAUAUUUUCCAAAAUCUAGUAGCAUAAUGAAAAGUCAUGUAGGAGGCAAACAGAAUUCUAGUAGAAAAUAUUACACAAAUAAAAAAAGUGGUGAAGUAAAGUUACCAACCGAUGAUCGGCCAAAUUUAGCUAAAAUAAUUAAAAAUAUUAGAACAAAAGUUAAAGAUUCAACUAAAUUUUGGAGUCAACUUCCACACAAAAUAUGCAACAAUAAUGAAUUUGCAUUAUCUAAUAAUAAAGACAAUGACUGCUGGAAUGGAACAAUGAUCGGAAGAUAUUAUCAGUCGCUAAUGAGCAAAGAUACAGAAAGUCUCCGAAAAGAAUCAGAAAUCAGCAUAAAUAAGUCCUAUACAAUAUUGGAAGAACAAAUAUUAUCAUUACGUACGUUAGUUGCUAACUUGAGAAAUGCUUACAAUGGCCUAGAUGUAGUAUGGCCAGAAUAUGAAGAUGCUUUUGACAGCUCUGGCUCAGGAUCUGGAAGUAGCUUUUUUCCUACGCAUGAAGGCGAUACGCAACAAGAAAACAUUUCUGGGAACAAUAAUUAUGAUGUUGAUUCUGUCCUCAUACCUGAUAUAUAUGGAGAGGGCAGUAUUCCUGAAAGUCCUCUUAAUACAAAUGAUUUAGAAACAAAGAGUACUGCUAUUGAUGACUUAAGAAAUAUGCAUACUAACAUUUUAGAUAGACCAGAUUUAAAUAACUUACAUUAUGACAACACUUCAAAUAAUUCAAGCAGAAAAACUGAAAUGACACUUCUCGAGCUCUUAUGGGAUAUCUGUUUCCUAUUUUCAUCAUGUGGUUUGGGGAAAUGUUAGUUCAGCUGAUGUGAUCAAUUUUAAAUAAAUAUGGAUGUGUUUAAAUUUAUACAUAUAUUUCUAUAUUACUA